AUGAUUGAAGUGAAGGAAAGCCAAACUGCUAGUUUUCUGAAAGGAAAAAUAAUAGAUACAUUGCUCAGUUUCGGAGUCACAAUAGAACAGAUCUUCUCUAUAACAUCCGAUAACGGUGCUAACAUGUUAGCGGCUGUUUGGUUGUUGAAAUCAGAAUUGGAGCAGACAUUGUUAGCGGAUUUGGAUGAAGAUGAUGACGAUACAGAACAACUUGACCUUACAGAUGAGCUUUGUACCGAAUUUAACGAACGAUUGAAUCUCAUUCGAUGUGCUGUGCAUUCACUUCAAUUGGCUAUUUUGGACGUGGUAAAAAAAAGUAAUGAAUCAGUGAAAAAGGUAACUGAUGUGGCAAAAAAAUGUAAGCUAACCAGGUACAAGACGCACUUUGAAUUCCGGAACGCCCACUAUCCACCUGUUUGGUGCCAAACUCGGUGGGGUGGGAUAUUUAAAAUGCUCGAAAGUUUUAAAAUUCAAAAAGAAUUCUUCGUUGAGCUUUCUGGACAGUUCCCAGAACUUGAUCUUUCAUGUAGCUGGGAAUUUAUAGAGAAAUAUGUAGAUGCAUUCAAGCCUGUAUACAUCUGUACAAAAAAUAUGCAAGCUACUCAUGUUUCACUGCCAGAUUUUUACAUGGGCUGGUUGUUGGCUAUCAGUGAGGUACAGAAAAUUGAAAACAAUACUUUUGUGCCGGAACUGGUAGAAGCGUUGACAAACCGGCUGAAUAACCUCCGAGACUCCCGGGCAUUCAAAAUGGCGUUAUAUUUGGAUCCCAGGUUCAACUAUUUGGGAUCAAAAAUAUUCACGGGCGAUGAGAAGGACCAGGUUCAGGAAUAUUUGGUUGAUACUUGGAACCGAAUUUCUGAACUUGAUCCAUGUCCAAGCUCAAGUCGAACGACUGAACCAGUAACAGAGACUAGAAAUGAUGACUUCGAUAAAUUUCUGACCGACUUGUUCGGAGGUUCGGCGCCAGCGGAAUCUAGCUCUGAUCGGUCCACUUUUUUACAACAGCUAAAAGCUCUGGAAGUGGAACCAAGGCAGAACCACGGCUAUGACUCAUUUCAGCAUUGGCUAAACCGAAGUCAAACACAUCCAGAACUUUACAGAGUAGCAAUGGUAGUAUUGGCUGUUCCGUCGAACCAAGUUUCUGUAGAAAGAGCUUUCAGUGCCUUUGGACUGGUUUUGUCUAACCGGCGAACUGGACUUGCAGAAGACACUCUUGCUAACAUACUACUUGUUAAACUGAAUAGAGAGUUGUUCGACAAAGUCAUGCCAAAUUUGUACAACUGGAAAGAACCAGAAACAUUCUAAAUGAUUUCAUUUGACAUACUAUGUAUAUA